CCACUCCCCACAUCCCACUUCUCACCACUCGAGCUGCUGGCCAGCUCAUCGCACAUCGCACACAGACCCAAGGCUUCUUGACGAGGCCGUCGACUGGUUCGACUAAUUCUUCUUCGACUUCUUUAAUCCCCUCCCCCCUAUCAUGCUCCACCUCCUCUUCCUCCCCUCGGCGUCGGCGCUCACCCCCGCCGCGCGCUGGGGCCACCGCGCGGCAUACGUCGACUCAAAGCAGGCGAUGUACGUCGUCGGCGGCUCGGUCUCUGGCGCUGGCACGCAGAUCACGAACGAGGUCCUCGUGCUCCCUCUGAACGCCUCGUCCGCAUCCUGGGCCAACGGGCCCAACACCGGCCUGCCGGCGCACGCGUUCGCCUCGCUCGCAAUGGCGGAUGACACCCUCGUAGUCGUGGGUGGCAUGACGCAGUCAUGCGCCUCGGACGGCGUCGCGCACGCCCUCGACAUCGCCAGCGACGAGUGGACUUCAGCCUCCCCCACCUCCCUGCGGCGGCGGCACGGCGCGGGCGCCGCGCCCGCCCCCGGCGGCAUCAUGGUCGUCGGCGGCAUCGCGGACAAGAGCACGUGCUACAACGCUGCGGCCGCAUACACAGGCGUAGACACGGUGCGGGUGCCGCUCUCGAACGCGAGCGUGACGACCGCGACUCUCCCGUCCACUCUGACAGGCACCAAGCUCGCCGUGUCCGACUUUGCGAUCGCGGCGUCCGCCGACACCGUCUUCCUCGCGGGCGGACAGGCGGCGGACGGCUCCCUCGUCCCGCUGGACACGGUGGGCGUGUGGACGUCCUCGGGCGGCUGGCAGGCGCAGAAGCUGCGCGGCGCCAUCCCUGCCGGCCGCCUCGGCGCAACGCUGGUCGCGCACCCCUCGCGCGACAUGCUCAUCCUGCACGGCGGAAGCGAGUACGACGCCAGCACCAAAGCCUUCGCGCCCUCCGUGAUGCUCGCGACGCUCGACACAAAGACGUGGGAGUGGAGCCAGCCGGCGGCGCUGCAGCCGUCCGCGGGGCUCGCGUACCACACGAGCGUAGUCACGCCCUCGGGCGUGAUGAUCACGGCGUUCGGGAUGGGUGCGGGCGGCGCGCCAACGUCGGACGUGCACUAUCUCGACAUGCGCGCGGCCGACGCCUCGCAGUGGAGCUGGACGCAGAACUGGUCCAGCACGCUUCUGUCCGGCGAGACGGAGGCGCCCGCCGCCGCCGCCGCCUCGUCCAAGAGCAACCGCACCGCCGCAAUUGCCGCCCCGAUCGUCAUCCUCGCCGUCCUCCUCCCGCUCGCGAUCUGGCUCUUCCGGCGGCACCAGCGGAACCGGCGCAAGCGCCGGCUCGCGUCCCACUUCUCCUUCUCGACGCAGGAGGACAACGGCGGCUUCCGGAACUACAGCCGGGCCGCGCGCUCGCCCUUCGCCGACAACAGCUGGAGCAGCAACAUGCGGUCGGCGAUCGACCGCGUCUUCCGGCGCGGCAGCAGCGCCGGCGUCGGCGACGACGGCACGCUCGCGUCCCGCGAGCCCGAGAAGAACUGGGAAGAGAUCGACUUUGGGCUCGGGCGCGUCGACGAGGCCCGCCGCGAAGCGACGUACACGGACAUGCCGCGGCGCGGGUCGCCGCGCCGCUCGUCGUUCGAGCACCCCGGCGAGGGCGUCGCGUUCCCCAUGCCCGUCGCGUCGACGCUGUACGACGACGACGCGGUGCUCGUCGACAUCGACACGUCGCCGCGCCUCGGAUCGCCCCGCAGCGACGGCCAGGUCCUCCUGUCGCCCAACCACGAGCAGUCGCCGUUCCGCGACCCCGACUCGGGCAUGGCGGACGCGGCGGCCGACGCCGCAUCCGUCGACGACUGGAACGCCCUCGCCCGCAGCAUGGAGAGCCGCCCCGCAUUCCGCCCCCUCUCGCCCACCGCUACCCUCGGCAGCCACCAGCAUGCGGGUGCGCCGUCCCUCCCGCCCAUGGAGUUCAGCGGCUCGCCCGUCCUCCCCGCGUCUGGCACGCGCCUGCCCCACCAGCGCGUCUCGUCCGUGAGCUCGGUGAGCUCCAGCGGCUCUCCCCCCUCCGUGUCCCGCCACCUCGCGGGAGGCCGGCGCUCCUCCGUUAACGGCGUGCGCAGCAUCAGCGCCGGCUCGUUCAACCGGAACCCUAACCGCCUCUCGCCUCUGCGCGUCGUCAACGCCGACCAGCAGUAGGCUUUACUAACCAUGUCGCCCGCUGGCCGGGCGGCUCUAACUAGCUACAGUAUAUUAGUCGAAGGGUCAUGCAUCUGUUGUUGCGCGUG